CCGAUGAACAUGUGAAAUAAGCCGGAUUCGUAACAAAGUAAUUAAACGCUUUUUGGUGCUCGAAAGUCGAAACCAUCCCUUCAUCUCCGGUUCACACACAUCACUGGACCAACUCUGAAACUCGCAGCAAUGGCGUCUAUGGCACCAUCAUCACCAAGCAUCUAUAAGCAUUUGUACAACAACAAUAGCUCAAUUAAUCCAAAAGGUAAAUUAAAUGUCAUAAAAAGUAGAAUCAAUUGGUCUCGUCGGUUCAUAUCAUCUUCGAAGAACAAUAACUCCGACGACCAACAAGAACAAGUAACUCGAAGGGAGGUUAUAUUGAGGAGCAGCGAAAUUGCAGUUCUUGGUGCUAUCUUUCACUUUAGUGGAAAUAAACCCAAUUAUCUUGGCGUGCAGAAGAAUCCUCCUGCUUUAGCUUUAUGCCCUGCAACUAACAAUUGCAUUUCAACUUCUGAGAAUAUCAGUGACCUUGUCCACUAUGCACCACCUUGGAAUUAUAAUCCAAAGGAAGGGCGUGGAAGCAAGAAACCUGUGAGCAAAGAAGCGGCAAUGGAGGAGCUUGUAGAUGUGAUAAAAUCAACAAAACCAGACAACUUCACACCAAGGGUAGUAGAGAAGAAAGAUGAUUACAUAAGAGUGGAGUAUGAAAGCCCGAUUUUAGGGUUUGUGGAUGAUGUUGAGUUUUGGUUUCCUUCUGGGAAGAAACCAGUUGUACAAUAUCGAUCAGCUUCACGUUUUGGAUUUGUUUCUGAUGCCAACAAAAAGAGAGUCAAGGCAUUGAGAUUGGCUUUAGAGAAAAAGGGAUGGACUUCUGAAGAUGACUUUUAAUAAGGCUUCAGUUGCUGAUCAUGUUAACAUUGAACUUGAUUAUGUGGAGCUCCCUUAUUUUGAUUAUAUAGUUUUUGUUUUCAAAUAAUAAGAUUUAAGGACUUUUUGCUGUUGUUAGGUUAUGUAGAUUGAAAAAUGAGGGCUUGUUUUCGUAUGUCAUGUUUCACCCAAACUAUAUUUUGUUAAAAAAAAAAUACAAUGCUUCCAGUCAAAGCGUGGAGCAAAAGAAACUGUAUUCACCUAUGUGUUCUCUUUCCAUAACAGAUAGAAAAAAACACAAAGCUGUCAACAACAUUCAACAUAGCACGUAAUGAUUAUUGAUUUUCUUGAAAGGCUGAUGCAUACCCAAACAUGAAAAGCUUGCAUCCCAAAAGCCAGAAAAUAAAAAUAAAAAAUGGUUUACUUUUCAAGAAAGACAAUAAGGCGAAAACACAAGUUUUAUGUGAUUGCAAACUUAAGUGAUUCAACAUCAAGAGUAAAUUACAAGAACUCAGAUAUGAAACACCAUCAAACAUGAUUGAUCACAAGAAGGACUAAUCUCUGCGAAGUUCCUCGUAUUCACGACGAAUACCAUCAGCAUUCAAAAUUACGAUUUCGACCUUGUCUCCCUUGUAUAUAUCUCUUUCUGUUGCAGAUGCAAAACAAGUCUUCACCAAAUCUAUAGCUUCAGCUUCAGAAAGUGGUGUAACAGCAUCCUGCACAAAACAACAAUCAUAAACAAACUUAUAUAAAACUAAAAAAUGUAUGAAAACUCGAUCCAAACAAACCUUUGCUGGCAACAGAAGAGGGCUAGGGGAUUUAAGUUGGUUAUCCAAAAAGGGAGUAAUAAGUGUAGCACCAGAACCUUGAGCACUGUAUCCAACUCUUUCAUAUGAUCCAACAGCAUCAUAUGUGAACACACAACCUUUUCCUUCACUAUCAAGUCCACCUAAAACAUUGAAUGCGUAGUAUGGAAAGAAGCGUUUGUAGUAAAGGGUGUUUGAUAAAAGCUGCGCCAUUGCAGGGCAACUCAUCUGCUUGUUGUGCUGAUGCUGAUAGAUCUGAGUGUCUAGAGGCCAGGACCUUCUGCAAUGCUUUCACAUCGGCUUGAAAUCCUGAAGAAGCCAUGAAGCUUUUGUCCGCUCUGAAAAUAAAGAUUUUGGAGUACUCUCGGGUGAGAAUACUGUAGCCAGUGGACAUUCGAGUAUCGGCUGCAAUCACACAGUAAUCCGCACCGGCAAUCGCGACACAAGUUCUGCACAUUUUCAUAGAUGCAUACCAAAGAGGGAAGACAUUGAGAAAUUGAUACAUUUAUGGAGAGAAAGGGAGAUGAUUUAGGGCAUAAUGAGGAUACCCUCCAUUGUUGUCGUAGGGAGACCAGUUUGCUUGCUCCUUCGGCAUUAUUAUGAUAUCGGAUUUCAGAUCAAAGUCGCUGCG